ACAGAAGACAACGACAGAAUAGCCUCGCCCCUAAACUGGAUGUUGCAAAAGAACGUCACCUGCCUUAUAGAUUUAGCUUAGCCAAAAUUAGUUAGGGGUUCAAAUCAUAUACAUAUUUUUUUCCGAAACUGUGUUUUCAACUGAUAGUCUAUGUAACGGUAAUUGCUUUGGUACUCCUUCUGCUUAUCGUGCCAAACAUGUAUUUAAAGGCCUUAUUCCGAUGCAGAGACAUGCUGAAAGGAGAACUGGUCGUGUGAAAUGCUGGCUAGCUUCAUCAAAGCUAGCUGACGAGCACGGGGCCGAGAAACGAAAGUGGCUAACGAGAGCUAAGCCUAUCACAACAAGCCUGGGUACUUUAACAUAGCUGACACUGAAGCCACAAGAAGGACUAAUAGUGAUACUUCUUUUCCUACAAAGCAACAGUGGGUAUCUAGAGCAGAGUCAUGGGUGCAUUCCUGGAUAAGCCCAAGACAGAGAAGUACAACUCACAUGGUGAGGGCAAUGGCCUACGCUAUGGGUUGAGCUCCAUGCAAGGCUGGCGGGUGGAGAUGGAGGAUGCGCACACAGCUGUGCUGGGACUGCCUGCUCCUGGAAUGAGUGACUGGUCAUUUUUUGCCGUAUAUGAUGGUCAUGCUGGCUCUAAGGUUGCCAACUAUUGCUCUAAGCAUCUUCUGGAACAUAUAAUCAGUGCUAGCUUAGGGGCCGGAGGAACACAGGGUUCCCAGGCUGGUUUGGAUGUCUCUACCAGUGACCCUCCAGUUCCUCCUACUGUGGAGGCUGUGAAAGCCGGGAUCCGGACAGGAUUCCUGAGGAUUGAUGAGCACAUGCGGAGCUUCUCAGACCUGCGAAAUGGCAUGGACCGUAGUGGCUCCACAGCAGUGGGUAUUCUCUUGUCACCAGAUAAUUUCUUCUUCAUUAACUGUGGUGACUCCCGAGCUGUUCUGUACCGCAAUUCAAAUGUGUGCUUCUCCACGCUUGACCACAAGCCUUGCAAUCCACGUGAGAGAGAGCGCAUCCAGAAUGCUGGCGGUUCAGUGAUGAUUCAGAGGGUUAAUGGCUCACUGGCUGUAUCAAGGGCUUUGGGGGACUACGAUUACAAGUGUGUGGAUGGGAAGGGCCCCACAGAGCAGCUGGUUAGCCCCGAACCAGAAGUGUUUGAGAUGGUUCGGGCUCCAGAACAGGAUCAGUUUGUGAUCCUGGCAUGUGACGGCAUCUGGGAUGUCAUGUCCAAUGAGGAGCUGUGUGAAUUUGUGAAAUCUAGGCUUGAGGUGUCUGAUGACCUGGAGAGAGUCUGCAAUGAAGUAGUGGACACCUGUCUGCAUAAGGGGAGUCGGGAUAACAUGAGUGCUGUGUUGGUGUGUUUGCCCAGCGCUCCCAAAGUGUCAGAGGAAGCUGUGAGGAAAGAUGCAGAGCUCAACAAAUAUCUGGAAACACGAGUGGAAGAAAUGCUGUCUCAGCCAGGGGAGGAGGGCUUUCCAGACCUGGUAACAGUGAUGAGGAACCUGUCCACGGAGAGCGGCAUGCCUCCUCUGCCACCAGGGGGAGGCCUUGCCAGCAAACGUGGUGUAAUUGAAGCCGUAUACAACCGUCUGAACCCAUACAGGGAGGAAGAUGGGGAAAACGUGGCCUUGAAGAGCGGAGCUGAGUCGGAGUACCAAUGGUAGCUGUCCAGCACAACUGCCCAAUCCAAAACACAGGACCACUUUUCCACACAAGAUCACAUCCAUAGUCAUCUUUUAAUUUUGUCUGGGAUUUUUACAGUUUAUUUCCCCCCCCCAUGCUGAGUAGAUGAAGAUACACUAGUUUUAAAAACACACAAGACACCAAAUGUGGAGGACUGCAAAACAGAUUUAGUUGACUCUUUAAUAAAACGUAGCUGUAGAAAAUGAGAACAGCUGCACUGAUGGUCUGACAGGACAACUACAUAUAGAUUUUAUCCAUCAGAGGAGAUACAAGGAAGCACAGUUUUCUCUUCCCCUUGUGUUUUUUGCUUUCUUUGUGGUGGUUGUUUUUGUUGUGGGUUGAUGGAAACACAUGAGCAGCCCUGCUCUGAAGGCUGUGGGACUCUACGGUGCCUUGCUCAGAACUGAGAAAGAGAACUUUACAGCCAGUCAGGCCACCAUUACCAAACCAGCCACUCGUGGAUGUUUGUAAGGUGAAUGGACUUCAGUGGCUUAUUGGUUGAAUUUUAUGGCAUUAUUGGUUUUGAAGUAUGAACUUGACUUGUGCCUAACUGGCAGCUGAUCGACCUCACAAGCCUGCGACUCUCACCUUCAGACAAGCUUGGGGUUCUGGGCAUUACUGGUACUCAAACAGGGCCCAACACUUCCCCUGCACAUGCACCCAGCUUACUGGAGAAAGCCUCACAGAACUCCCAGAUUUAGUCCUUGCUAUCCAAAGACCAGAGAGCCCAUCAUCUGAGGCUACACACCUGAACACAACAGGAGCACUUCUAAGAGAACCAAGCCUAUCUGGUAACAAAUUUCAGUUCAGCCCCUCAAUUCCUUGUCCAAACUAAAGCUGGACAUGGGCCUGCGUGCCUAACUGUGGACAGGAAUGACAUGGAGACGAUUUCAAUGAAAGUGUGUUGACUCUUCUUGCAUGUCCCUGCACACUCCUUUCUUAAAGAAUGUUAUUCUCACUUUUGCCCUCUGUCUCUGCUUUCUCUCCCUCUCUCUCUCUCACUUCAUAUGACAGAUGAGAUUUAACUGUUAUUUGUGUUGGAAGACAUUGCCAGAUUCAUAAGCUUUUGAGCCUGCUGUUUAAGAAAUGAAAAGAAAUUAUAUAUUUAAUUAAUAAUUAUAUAUUAUAUUAUAUUAUUGAUUCCCAGACAUGGUAUUUGGUGUGCGUGUGUGUGUGUGUGUGUGUAUAGACAAACUAAAUGAGUCCAAGCUGUGUCAACUGUUCAGUUCCAAAGACGGGGUUUGGGAUCAAGGAUUUCCACCCUCACCUCCUUCUUUCUUCUUCCGCGUCUCUCAGCACAUUCAGUCCAGGUUGUGCUACAACUUGCCUUUAUUUUAAUCUUUCAGAUAACCUGUGUAAAAACAGAAUGCCAUUUUUGGUUUUAUUUAAAAAAUCCAUUUACAAUUUUUGAUUUCCUUUUAAAAAAAUUUAAUAUGUAUGGCUUUUCAGAGUGCUGUAGUUAUCUAAAUGACAAGGGGGCUUGAAAUGCAUGUUUUUCUAUCAGCAUGGGUCAGCCCUUCUGAGGUGUUGGCGGUGGAGCCUUGCUGAGCAGCUUCCAAGUCAGUGUGGUUUGUGUUUCCACUUCGCCAUAAAAUGCAUUGUUAAUCUUCUGCACCUUGAUCACGUGGGGGCGGCGAGAGCUGCUAAAGUGACACAAACUCAUGGUGCCAGUGUGGUGUUGCUAGCUUGCAACAUGAAACCCUUGGUACUGGGCAUUAUUUAAACCUGUCAUCAGAAGACCAAGUGAGAGACUCCAUUUUACAAAUCUUGCUGCAGUGAAAUUACGGAUAAAAAGUAAAUGCUGAACUCACUCAGCCCUGGGCAGGAGCCCAACCCAGCAUGUUUACAUACCAACAGGUAGAAAUGGGCCAACCUGUGGCUGCCUGGCUCCACACACUUAUAGCCGGCUGACCUAUACUGAUGGAAAAACACAAAUACAUUGUAUAGCAGACUGGCAGAGAAAAGCUUUUUUCUUUUUUUGGUGUUACACCAGGGUGGGUGAGUGACUGUAGGAUGGAGGAGAAUAGACCCACGUCCAGCACAGUGUUCACACUGUCACUGAAAUUGCUAUCCUUAAUUUUUCCACAGUUACCUUCAUAGACCUAGCCUCAAAGGCACUGGGGGUUGCUGCUAGGAAAGGUCUGGCUUGACUCUUUGGACCAACCAGGAGUCUGUUUCAUUUCUGUCAACUCAAGCACUAAAAAAAAAAAAAAAAAAAAAAUUGAGCUUUCAGAAACAAAUGGUUGUCAGAAAAAAGCUUUUUAAUUUCAGUCCUUUUGACAUAAAUGUGCACAGAAACAAAUCGGAUAUACAUACUUUACAUGUGCAUUCCCUUUUGUAGACACACUUAUGGCUAUAUAUAUGAGCAGCACAUUCAUUGUGCUUUCUGAAGUGGCAGUAUUGAAAGAGAGUUUGCAGGCUGGUAAAUGUUGGUUGAUCUUGGUGCCAUAUGACAAAUAGGUACUUGAAUGUGUAGUUCUUUUGCGGUUGCAUUGUUUUAAUCUUUGUUUGUGGUGGAGGGCAAUGGGAAGGGUAUGCUCGAUAUAGUUGGGCAUGUUUUGUGAUUGAGGGAGCAGUGUAUUUUUGUGGGUGGGUGGGGAUAAUGUUGGCAUGUUCAGUGUGGUGGAACAGUGUUGUAGAGGCAAGGUAACAAAGGGUGACGCAUGGAAAAACAAAAGUGAGAGGGACAGCAGGAUAUUUGAUUUAUAAACUACAUUUUUUUGCUGUUUCACAAUUUGUAUGUCCUGUUUUUUUUGUCCAUUGUAUAACAUUCACCACACUGAACACAGCCGUAGGUUUAGGUUUGUUUAAGCUGUAUCAGACACUGGGCUCGGAGAGACAUUUUAUUUUUCUGAAUGUAAUUCUUCAUAUUCACACUGAUUCCACUGCAUGGACUGAAUACAAGCAGCACUGCAGCAGCAGCACCACGUUCUCUCCUCAUCAGUCGCUUCAUGACAAAACAAGCUCUCGCCUUUUUGAGAAAAAAGUGCUUGAUUAUUAUGUUGGUUAUGGAAUAUAAUAUCAAGACUCAAAUGGGAAUCUGACUUGUUUGAAGGAGACCAGAGGUUUAGUGACUCUUCAAUAAUUUGACCCAGACUUAUUGCUUUGAUUUGUUUAGUAAAGAGAGUUUUACAAAGCACGUAGUCUGCGGCUCAGUUGAUGCGACUGUGAGGAUGCCCAAAGGGAGGUGAGAAUUUGGAAACUGCUACAAAAAUGUAAAACGGUGAAAGACAGACAUGACAUUCCUCAUGUGUGCUUUUUAGAAUGGAAAUGAACCCUAGUUCUCUUUCGCUGGUCACUGACAGAUGUAUGAUGGCAAUGAUGAAUUCCACACUUGUUUGUAUUUAUUCCAGUGCUUUUUAACGCUUAUAAAAAUGCUGUAUUUUGAAGACAGAAUAAGGUAACGAUAAGCGGAUGUAUUUGACAGUGAGGUAUGAUCCACUUGCCCUCGAGCCUCUGAGAAGACUCAGUGGAGGGACGUUUUAUGAGACACCCAGGGUUUUCACCAUCCCUUCUUCCUAUACUAAUUUCCCAGUAUGGCUAUUGUGAUGUUACAAACCAUACACUGAACAUAAACAUAAUAAAGAUUAAGUUUAAACAGUU